UCGAAUUUCGCAUGUCUCGAAAGAACGAACGCCAAGUUCAACCAACUUUCGUGGGACCUUCCUGCUCUUCCCCACCAUCCCAAUACCGCCCCCCCCGUCCUACCCACCAAACCAUGCCACGCAUAAAAAACCCACCAUGCCGGGCAUCCGGCAACGGCGUGGUCGUCACCAUCGCGUCGGGCCACUACCCCAACGAGAUUCCCGGCGGCGGCGCGCCCGUCGUGGUGAAGCGCGUCGAGGGCGUUCUAUCUCUGAGCUCGGAAAUCAGAUUCGCGCGGCUCAUGUCGACAGGUCUUGCCAGUGGGUCGGGAAAUGAGGCACACGGCCCAAACGACACUCCGAUCCCAACCCAACUCGGCGCACACCCGUCAUUCUCAUCCGCGCGCAGGCCGUCGCUCGCUUCGUCAGCAGCAGAUGCAGAGGGUGACCAGACUGAAGACAGUAGGAGGCGACAUCUUCCCGUUAUGCAUUCGCCGCAGCCGCAGAGGCUCAUUUCGAGGGCUGCGGAGGGGAUACGGCAUAACACAGCCAGCGUCCUCGCAACCCCGUCCAAGAAGCGGAAACCACACCCGACAAGUUGGAGUGAGAAGAUUCCCAGAUCACCCUCCCAGCGCGCCCCCGCGUCAACAGCAGCCACGGGCCUGCACGCAAAACCGAAACACGUCUACUGGCAGCCCCCUGCCGCCGUCCGGCUCCCGCGGCCACAUCCAAGUACGCCCAUCACCAGUAUCGCCGCCCCCGACCGCGCCUGCGAUUGAUAAUGUGACUGCAGCGGCUGUUCGGCUGGGGUCUUGAUUUUGGGGCCGAACGGGGGACGGGCGAGCGUUGGCGAGGG